GGGAGUUUGACAAUAUUCUGGUUGACUGUAACCUAACAUAGUAGGGUAAAGGUUGUCCUAUUACAUAUAAAUAUAAACAAGUCAAUAUUGCAAAAUGGCAACCAACCCGAAAGAUAUCGAGGCCCAGCUGUCUGAGGAGAGCCCGCCCCCAGCAUAUGAUUCAACUGCAAACAACGCGCCCCCAAAAUACACCUCUCCAGAUGCCCUGCCACCUUCCUACGAUUCUUUGUACGGCAAGGUGAAAGCAGCGAAGACUGACUCUGAUGGCCAUGUUGACUUUUGCAAGAAACUCCUCAUCAUCCUCUGCAGUACAAUUGGCUGCACCAUCCUCAUUGCUAUUGUUCUGGCUAUCCCGGUCACUAUGAUUGUAAUGGGUGCUGUGCACAAGGACAACUGCCCUGCGGAGAGGAUGAUCCCUAUCUACCUGAUUGUGGGUGGGGCAUUCGGCAUUGUGAAGAACCUGUCGAGCCUCAUGCAGCGCUGUAUGAACAAAGAUAAGGAGGAUGGAGAUGAGCAGAACGCAAAAACAAACCCUUUUGAUUCAAUCCUCAACUGUUUCCUGUUUGCCUGGUUCAUAGCUGGUAAUGUGUGGAUCUACCGUACAAAGGACGAGUGGACGAGUGACCCUGUCGCGGCCAAUUACUGUGACCCAUCCUUGUACUGGUUUGCGUUCUGGCUAACCACAUCCACCUACAUCCUCAUGGGCACCAUGUGCUGCUGUAUCUGCUUUGGUGGCAUCCUUGCCACCUGCUGCGGGGCUAUAUCAGGGGAAAAGUGAACAACAGCAGUGAUCAACAAUAGGGGUGGGGGUGUUAGGGGUAUAACUGACACAAAGGGGAACUCAAUAGGGGAUACUAGGGCUAGGGUUAGGGGACAAAUGACACAAAGGGGAACUCAAUGGGGGAUACUAGGGCUAGGGUUAGGGGACAAAUGACACAAAGGGGAACUCAAUAAGGGAUACUAAGGCUAGGGUUAGGGGACAAAUGACACCAAGGGGAACUCAAUGGGGGAUACUAGGGCUAGGGUUAGGGGACAAAUGACACAAAGGGGAACUCAAUAGGGGAUACUAGGGCUAGGGUUAGGGGACAAAUGACACAAAGGGGAACUCAAUGGGGGAUACUAGGGCCCUAUGUGGAGAAAAACUAACUUACACAAUCAUUCACAUGAAAACAUGCAAAGAUUUCUGAUCUGUAUUAAAGAGGUGUUGUUUAAUGUCCGGAAGAAGAUUUUAUUUGUUUUUGUGGAGAUUGAAUCUUUUAGUUAUGUAACACAUAACUGUCGGGCAGUAGAUCUUGGACAGGAGUAAAUCUCACAAUUUUAACUCCGAAGUUCGCUUUGUUUUGAAAGAAACAUUUCAAGUGUCUGUGUGAAAUGGAUUGGGUGUUCUCGAUGAAUAUUUUUUUUGUGGGAACAAGCUGUUUUUUAAUUCAAUUGACUGACUAUCCUUCAGAGACAAGGUGCGUCAAACAUCAAAGAAUGUCAUGUUUUCACAUAAGUUAAAAGGAGUAAAGUACUGCUAACAAUACUUUUUUAAUUGCAAGAAGAGUGUCAUAUUUCAUUUCAAUUGUUUUGAAGGAAUUGAAACAAAAAAAAGAUGAUUUUUGACACAUUAUCCUCAAACCUAUUUUGGAACUUAAUUUUUUUUUUAAAUAAUUGGCGUAUUUGCUAUGUUUCUUAUAGGAAAAAGCUGAAGUUUACAGCUUAGAAAAAUAUCUGACAUCUCAAAAAAUGGGAAAGUAUCUUGAAUGAUAAUAAUAACAAAUUCCAAAAUAUCUUUAAACAAGUAAAUAACAUCUCGUGCAAUACUUUGAUUUUUUUUAUAAAAUCUACUACAAGAAUUGAUGAAUAUUGAGCAUUUUACUCACCCUAACCCUAACCUUAACCCACAGGUGAUUUUAUUGAUGCUUAAAAUGUGGAGGAUGUUUUUCUUGUCUUUAUCAUGCUUUUGGAAUCUAAGAUGUAUGAAUACUAUGUAUCAAAUACUUUGUUUUAAAAAAAUUCAGAAUUUUAGUCGAAUAAUGUUUAAGAAACUUAUUCAGUGAUAUUCAUGAAUGAAAUAAUGAAAUUACAUGGAACAUGGCUCAUUUUGUUUUAAAUUCAUCACUUAAGUUUAAACCCAAGAGAAGUUAUUGAAGGGGAACAUUGUUAUUAUGUGUCAAUAUAAAUUUGUUUUUGGUGAUUUGUUACUUUAAUGAAUAUAUAUAUAUAUCUCCUAAAUUAACUAGUAAUACUCUUUAUAUAACUUUAUUAUGGUAGUUAAGUGACUAGAUGUAUUUGUAGUAUGUAUUUAUUCAAUAUUGGCAUAGGGGUAAGGGUAUUUUUAUUGUAUCUAUUUUCUUAACUAAUAAAAUAUGAAAAUUAUCUUGAACAUUCAGAUUUGAUUAAAAGGAAAGAGUCAUUCAAAACUUGUUUAAAAUAUGAAAGUUUACCUCUGUGUCUAUUAUGCUUCAACUGAAAUGUGAAAGGUUCACACUGUGUCUAUAAUGCUUUAACUGUGAAAUAUGAAAGGUUCACACUGUGUCUAUUAUGAUUCAACUGUGAAAUGUGAAAGGUUCACACUGUGUCUAUAAUGCUUUAACUGUGAAAUGUGAAAGGUUCACACUGUGUCUAUUAUGAUUCAACUGAAAAAUGUGAAAGGUUAACACUGUGUCUAUAAUGCUUUAACUGUGAAAUGUGAAAGGUUUACACUGUGUCUAUUAUGAUUAAACUGUGAUACUUGAUUGAUGUAUUUGUGCAUUUGUUUGUAUAAACUUAUUUAUUUUUUAAUUUUCAAGCAAUGCUAUUUGAACAACAAACUUAUUGGCAUUAUAAUGUGAUUAAAAGCUCCAUAAUGUGCCCAACAUGUAUUGUGUAAGUUGAUCCAGGUUUGAAUGUUAAUCUUAUUUUGCUCUGGUAUAGUGUUGUCUGGAUCUACUUUGUCUAUUCUUCAACUGUUCAGAUUUAACAUUGUUUUGAGCUGCUAUAUUCCGUGCUAUAACUGUCAGCUUUAACAUUGAUUUUAUCUGCUGUCGUCUAUGCUAUAAGUUUUCGGGUUUAUAAUUGAUUUGAUCUGCUGGCGUCUAUGCUAUAACUGUUCUGGUUUAUAAUUGAUUUGAUCUGCUGUUGUCCAUGCUAUAACUGUUCGAUUUAACAUUGUCUUGAUCUGCUGUUGUCUAUGUUAUAACUGUUCGGGUUAAACAUUGAUUUGAUCUGCUGCCGUCUAUGCUAUAACUGUUGGGGUAUAGUUUUGUCUUCAUCUGCUGUUGUCUAUGCUAUAACUGUUCAAGUUUAACAUUGUCAUGAUCUGCUGUUGUCUAUGCUAUAACUCUUCGAUUUAACAUUGUCUUUAUCUGCUGUUGUCUAUGCUAUAACUCUUCGAUUUAACAUUGUCUUUAUCUGCUGUUGUCUAUGCUAUAACUGUUCGGGUUAAACAUUGAGUUGAUCUGCUGUUGUCUAUGCUAUAACUGUUGGGGUAUAAUUUUGUCUUGAUCUGCUGUUGUCUAUGCUGGGGUAUAAUUUUUUCUUGAUCUGCUGUUGUCUAUGCUAUAACUGUUGGGGUAUAAUUUUGUCUUGAUCUGCUGUUGUCUAUGCUGGGGUAUAAUUUUUUCUUGAUCUGCUGUUGUCUAUGCUAUAACUGUUGGGGUAUAAUUUUGUCUUGAUCUGCUGUUGUCUAUGCUGGGGUAUAUUUUUUUCUUGAUCUGCUGUUGUCUAUGCUAUGACUGUUCAAGUUUAACAUUGUUUUGAUCUGCUGUUGUCUAUUCUAUAACUGUUCGAGUUGAACAUUGUCUUGAUCUGCUGUUGUCGAUGCUAUAGCUGUUCAGGUUUAACAUUGCUUUGAUCUGCUGUUGUCGAUGCUAUAACUGUUCGAGUUUAACAUUGUCUUGAUCUGCUGUGGUCUAUGCUGUAACUAUUCGGGUUAAACGUUGUCUUGAUUUGCUGUUGUUGAUAUUAUAACUGUUCUAGUUCAACAUUGUCUAGAUCUGCUGUGGUCUAUGCUUUAACUGUCCGAGUUUAACAUUGUCUUGAUCUGCUGUGGUCUAUGCUAUAACUCUUCGAUUUAACAUUGUCUUGAUCUGCUGUGGUCAAUGCUUUAACUGUUCGAGUUUAACAUUGUCCUUAUCUGCUGUGGUCUAUGCUAUAACUGUUCUAGUUUAACAUUGUCUAGAUCUGCUGUGGUCUAUGCUUUAACUGUCCGAGUUUAACUUUGUCUUGAUCUGCUGUUGUCUAUGCUAAAACUGUUCAGGUAUAACAAAAAAUUGAGGUAUUGUUCUAAUGUUGGUAAAAUGUUACGUUCAAUCAAGAUUUUGUGAACCUCAAUGAUAGCCUGCAUUUAAAAUGUUCCCAUGUAACUGAUAAGUGACAAUAUAUAUCUUGACUAUGC